AGGCAUCGCUUCUCGGCCUUUUGGCUAAGAUCAAAGGUUUUUUUUCGGCUCCUGGUUUCUUCGCUUUUCUAGUCGCUUAAAGACGUGGUUUCGUGGCAAAUUUGAUAUCGUUUUAUUUCGUUUGGCCUGCUGGUUCUUUUGAUACAAAUUUGGUUGAAAUUGGUUGGAAAUUCACUGAAAUAUCAACUACUUUCGAUUCCGAGGAGUGAUUAUUCUAUUGUUGACAUAUUUUGUCGUGUUGCGAAUCUGCAUAUUCCGAACUUUUUUCCCUGUUCUACUGUGUUGUUUUAUCAGUUGUCGACUCAACAUGGUCUACUCGUCUAGAAAUGGUCUUCUACCUACUCCAAACUCGCCAACUAUGAAGAAUUAUCGCGUUGAUUCCUAUAUUAAAACUUCAUAUUUUCCGAUGCCGUAUGCUGUUACUUCCGUACUCGAAGGAUGCAAUAUUUCAAAUGUAUUAUCGUGGGAUAUUAAUGUUAAAUCAAACAAUCUAAAAGUGAAAGUCGAAUGGAUGGUUUCUGAAAGCCCUAAUAUAUCUACAGAACUAUAUCCUAAAGCUGUUUUAAACGCUAUUUCCUUGUAUAAUAUCGAGCAACCCACAUGGUCUACGUCAUUCGCGAAAAAUAGACUGAUUUUACAUGUUGAGUGGAAAGUUAUUGCUACUUUGAACUCUAAUAUUUCGCCUAGUGAUCCUUCGUCGUUUUCUACUCCGGUACAUGGUCGAAGCAGUUUGUCUACUUCAAGCUACAAUCAAAAUAGUCCGUCUGUACCUCGGGAAAGUGCUGGGGAUUCGGGUUAUCACAGUUUUAAUUCCAGUCAUAACAAUAACAAUUCGCGACUAUCAAAUUCGCAAGUCUGGCCUACAAAGAAACUUGUAUUUCAAUCUCACAAGGUUUCCAGUAAACGAAAUGAUGUUUUUCGUCAGCCAAAUUCAAAUAACAUGCCUGUACCAAAACCGGAUCAAGUUAUUCGCGUAGAUGUUUCAAAUAAAGCUAAAUAUACGGAUAAUUCUAAGCCGAAUAAUACAAGUGAUGUUAAUCUCAAUCUGAAUGCUAAUGCGGUGCCGUUUGAGUCGACUUUAAACGAAGUGAAAGUUAUAUCUACAUGUGAAAACGGUGAGCAGAAAACCCAGCCAACAUCGAGUGUUGAAAUACCUACGGAACUUCAUGAAAAUUCCGAAAUUAUAGUCAAUAGUCAACAAGUUAAUAUACCCUGCGAGGUUAAUAAGCAAUCCAGUCCCGUGAAUGAGCUUGAAAGUCACGCGACCGGGAAAUUAACAAUUAAUUCGAACAAGGCGAAGCCGCAAGAUAAUAUCGAGGACAGUGAAUAUUAUUCUGAUCCUGACUAUGAGCCACUGAAUGAAUUUUUCCCUAAUGAAAACUCUUUCGGUCGUCCUCCAAAGAAAUUAACUUUGUCAAAUGGUUUUCUCAAAGAUGAUAUUGAUGCGGAAUUCAUGAAACUUAAUGGCCGCUGUCGAUUAUGCAAUUCUGAUAUUCCUUCCUAUCUCUCCCAACUUCACUCCAUUGAAUGCCCAAAAUUAAACUUAACACCCGUUGAGAACUUUGGUAAAUCUUUCUCCAAGAAAAUGGCAACCUCUGCAAAUAUAGUGAUUAAUAUAGCUAAACAACAUUUGGCAUAUAAUUAUAAUGAUACCCAAGUUCCAAAUCAGUAUUUUCUAACAACUGAAAAGUUUAAAAAAUUCAGUAAAGCUAUUGAUAAAUUAGUUGCUAAUCAAACAUAUAGUUUCUUUGAAUCUUGUGGUCUAUCACAAUCACGAACAGUUGAUAUCUUAUCAUACGAACACUUAAUCUAAGUAUUCUUGAACUUUAGCGAUUCAGUUUUUUAACACUGAUCUCUAUAUUCCAGUAACUUAUAAUUCUUUCAAUGUAUUCAUACAUCUAGUGUAAUAGUUUAUAAUUAGUUACCAUAACUACCAUAUAGAUCGAAAAU